UAUGGAAGAUAACUCCUCUGUGACCGAGUUUAUCCUUAUGGGAUUGACAGACCAACCUGAACUCCAACUGCCCCUGUUUUUCCUGUUUUUGGUGAACUGCGUGAUCACUGUGUUGGGCAAUCUGAGCUUGAUUAAUCUAAUUUGUCUAAACGUGCACCUUCACACCCCCAUGUACUUCUUCCUCUUCAACCUGUCCUUUAUUGAUCUCUGUUACUCAUUUGUGUUUACCCCCAAAAUGCUAAUGAGCUUUACUUCAGAGAGGAAUAUUAUCUCCUUUAGAGGAUGCAUGACUCAGCUCUUUUUCUUCUGCUUUUUUGUCAACUCUGAGUGCUAUGUCUUGACAGCCAUGGCCUAUGAUCGUUACGUGGCCAUCUGUAAGCCCCUGAUGUACACAAUUACCAUGUCCCCUCAGGUCUGUUCUCUGCUGAUGUCUGGUUCAUAUGUGAUGGGGUUUGCUGGUGCCGUGGUCCACACAGGGUGUAUGAUCAGGUUGAUCUUUUGUGAUUCCAACAUCAUCAACCAUUACAUGUGUGACAUCUUCCCCCUCCUCCAGCUGUCCUGUAGCAGCACCUAUAUCAACGAGCUUGUGGUUUCUGUUGUUGUGGGCACACUUAUUAUAGUAUCUAGCCUCAUUAUCUUUAUUUCUUAUGCUUUGAUUCUUUUCAGUAUCCUUCAUAUACCAUCAGUUAAAGGUUGGUCCAAAGCCUUUAGCACCUGUGGCUCCCACAUAAUAACAGUUGGUCUCUUCUAUGGUUUUGGGCUGCUCACUUACAUCAAGCCAUCAUCUGCUGGGUCUGUAGGGCAGGGGAAAUUUUUCUCAGUGUUUUACACCAAUGUGGUGCCCAUGCUGAACCCUCUCAUUUAUAGCCUCAGGAACAAAGAUGUCAAGAUUGCUGUGAAGAAAACCCUGAAGAGAAUUACAAACUGA